AUGGACAAAAUUCCACGAACGCAUGAAGCCAUUGAAGCUCAAAUACGGGAAAUUCAAUCAAAGAAAGCACCAGAAGUACCUGAGAAUGGUUCAGGGAAAGGCGUAUCAUUAGCAGACACCUACUAUGACAGCGAUAUUUAUGAUAGUACAGGGCAGACUGGAAAGUCACGAUAUGAUGGUUAUGUGACAUCCAUUGCUGCUAAUGACGAAAAUGAAGAUGAAGAUGUUGAAAAUGUUCCUGUUACGCAAAAGAGACCAGGAUAUACUGCGCCUGCCUCCUUAUUAAAUGACAUUGCACAGAGUGAUAAAGAUUAUGAUCCCUUUGCUGAAAAACGACGACCAACAAUUGCUGAUAGGGAAGAUGAAUACCGACAAAAACGGCGUAGGAUGAUAAUAUCUCCAGAGAGAGUAGACCCAUUUGCAGAAGGUGGGAAAACUCCUGAUGUUGGAUCUAGGACCUACACAGAAAUUAUGAAAGAGCAGUAUCUAAGAGCUGAAGAAACAGAACUACGUAAGAAACUUAUUGAAAGAGCUCGUGAAGGCACACUAAAACCAGUGGCUCAAGCUAAUGGUGAAGCAGCUAAACCUGCUGCAAAACGUAAAGGUCGCUGGGAUCAAAGCACUGAAGAGACACCAACAUUAAAGAAAGCAGUUGUGUCUGCUACACCAAGCUCUCAGGCCACACCUUCCUGGGAAAAUGAGCGAGGUGGCUGGGAAGAGACGCCUGGAGGUGGUGCAAGGGGUGGAGAGACGCCCGGCGCCACACCCUCAGCACGAGUGUGGGACGCUACCCCAGGACAUGCGACUCCUGGCCACGCCACUCCUGGUAGGGAGACACCUGCACACCAUGCAUCCAGACGUAACAGAUGGGAUGAAACACCCAAAACUGACAGAGAGACACCUGGACACAGUAGUGGUUGGGCUGAGACGCCACGUACGGAUCGUGGAGUCGGAGUUGAUACAAUUCAAGAGACUCCCACUCCUGGGACCAAACGACGUUCGCGUUGGGACGAGACACCAGGAGCUACACCAGCAGCAGCUACUCCUACACCUUCGCACGCUACUCCAUCCCAUGCCACGCCUUCUCAUGCAACGCCUGCUCACGCCACGCCCACUCCAGGGUCUCACACACCUAUUUUUACUCCGGGCGGUUCAACUCCAGUAGGGGUUAAAGCAAUGGCCAUGGCGACGCCUACUCCCGGCCAUAUAGCUGCCAUGACCCCGGAGCAACUUCAAGCUUACCGUUGGGAGAAAGAGAUAGAUGAACGCAACAGGCCCUACACGGAUGAAGAACUCGAUGCCAUGUUCCCACCUGGGUACAAGGUUUUGCCUCCUCCGGCGGGUUACGUCCCAAUAAGGACGCCGGCUAGAAAGCUGACCGCAACGCCUACACCGUUGGCUGGUACCCCAAUCGGCUUUUUCAUGCAGACGGAGGAAGUCGGGGGCUCCGCGGCAGCCGCGGCGCGACUUCUAGACCCGCAACCGAAAGGCUCGCAGCAGCUGCCCUUCAUGAAGCCAGAGGAUGCGCAGUACUUCGACAAGCUGCUUAUUGACGUCGACGAAGACACGCUGUCACCAGAAGAGCUCAAGGAAAGAAAGAUUAUGAAACUGCUGCUUAAGAUCAAGAACGGAACUCCACCAAUGUGUAAGGCUGCGCUUCGACAAAUAACAGACAAAGCUCGUGACUUCGGCGCUGGUCCACUUUUCAAUCAAAUACUGCCGCUCCUCAUGAGCCCCACUCUUGAAGACCAAGAGCGUCAUUUACUUGUCAAAGUUAUCGAUCGGAUCCUUUAUAAAUUGGACGAUUUGGUUCGACCUUAUGUACAUAAGAUAUUAGUCGUUAUCGAGCCUCUUUUGAUUGACGAAGAUUACUACGCCCGCGUUGAAGGUCGUGAGAUCAUUUCAAACUUGGCCAAAGCUGCUGGAUUGGCCACGAUGAUCUCCACAAUGAGACCCGAUAUCGACAACAUUGAUGAAUAUGUGCGAAACACGACGGCUAGGGCGUUUGCCGUAGUUGCCUCUGCUUUAGGUAUUCCAUCUCUCUUGCCGUUUUUGAAAGCCGUGUGUAGAUCGAAGAAGUCGUGGCAAGCGAGGCAUACGGGUAUCAAGAUUGUGCAGCAAAUCGCUAUUCUGAUGGGAUGCGCCAUCUUGCCGCAUCUCAAAUCUCUUGUAGAAAUCAUUGAACAUGGUUUGGUUGACGAGCAACAAAAGGUGCGUACAAUUACCGCCUUGGCUAGCGCUGCCUUGGCCGAAGCAGCUACACCCUACGGUAUUGAGUCUUUCGAUUCCGUGCUAAAGCCCCUAUGGAAGGGUAUAAGAACCCAUAGAGGAAAAGGUCUUGCCGCUUUCCUUAAGGCUAUCGGAUACCUCAUUCCGCUUAUGGAUGCUGAAUACGCAAACUAUUAUACCCGGGAAGUGAUGCUCAUUCUAAUUCGUGAGUUCCAGUCGCCUGAUGAGGAAAUGAAGAAAAUUGUCUUAAAGGUAGUGAAACAGUGUUGCGGUACGGACGGUGUUGAACCACAGUACAUUAUGGACGAGAUUUUGCCGCACUUCUUCAAACACUUUUGGAAUCACCGAAUGGCUCUCGACAGGCGGAACUAUCGUCAACUGGUCGAUACUACUGUUGAAAUUGCUAACAAGGUUGGAGCUUCAGAGAUUAUAAAUAGGAUUGUAGAUGAUUUGAAGGACGACAACGAACAGUAUAGGAAGAUGGUAAUGGAAUCCAUUGAGAAGAUUUUAGCUAAUCUCGGGGCUGCGGACAUAGAUUCUAAGCUGGAAGAAGCGCUUAUCGACGGCAUACUCUACGCUUUCCAAGAACAGACUACAGAGGAUGUUGUAAUGCUGAAUGGUUUUGGUACCAUAGUGAAUCAACUGGGGAAGCGUGUGAAACCAUAUUUGCCCCAGAUCUGUGGUAUCAUUCUGUGGCGCAUGAACAACAAGUCGGCUAAAGUGCGUCAACAAGCUGCCGAUCUCAUAUCUAGAAUUGCUGUAGUGAUGAAAACAUGCCAGGAGGAAAAACUAAUGGGUCACCUUGGUAUAGUGCUGUAUGAAUAUCUCGGUGAGGAGUACCCAGAAGUGCUGGGGUCCAUUUUGGGCGCUUUGAAAGCUAUUGUCAACGUCAUCGGGAUGACCAAAAUGACGCCGCCUAUCAAAGACCUUCUUCCUAGAUUGACACCAAUAUUGAAGAACAGACAUGAAAAAGUGCAAGAAAACUGUAUAGACUUAGUGGGCCGUAUAGCAGACAGGGGACCUGAGUUUGUAUCGGCGAGGGAAUGGAUGAGGAUAUGUUUCGAGCUCUUGGAACUGUUAAAGGCGCACAAGAAAGCGAUCAGAAGAGCGACAGUUAACACCUUCGGUUACAUCGCCAAAGCUAUCGGACCACACGACGUACUUGCCACGUUGUUGAAUAACCUGAAAGUACAAGAGAGACAAAACAGAGUGUGCACCACUGUCGCUAUUGCAAUUGUCGCGGAGACUUGUUCGCCGUUCACGGUGUUGCCAGCGCUUAUGAACGAGUAUCGUGUCCCCGAGCUCAAUGUUCAAAAUGGUGUGCUCAAGUCGCUGUCCUUCCUCUUUGAGUACAUUGGUGAGAUGGGCAAGGACUAUAUCUAUGCUGUGUGCCCUCUUUUGGAAGAUGCAUUAAUGGACAGGGACCUCGUGCAUCGGCAGACAGCGUGCGCUGCUAUUAAGCACAUGGCUUUGGGCGUGUACGGUUUCGGCUGUGAAGACGCCCUUGUACAUUUGCUAAAUCACGUUUGGCCCAACAUUUUCGAGACUUCGCCUCAUCUAGUACAAGCCUUUAUGGAUGCCGUUGAAGGGAUGAGAGUGGCUCUCGGUCCUAUUAAGAUUUUACAAUAUGCUCUACAGGGCUUAUUUCACCCGGCAAGAAAAGUUCGAGACGUGUACUGGAAAAUCUACAACACACUGUACAUAGGAGGCCAAGAUGCACUGGUCGCAGGUUAUGCCAGAAUACAAAAUGAUCCAAAUAAUCACUUUGUUCGAUAUGAAUUAGAUUAUAUAUUGUAA